GGUGGCGAUUCUACCCUUGUCGGCUAUAGCCGUAGCCGAUUCCAUCCCUAAUGAUGCAAUUGACAUUUUAGAUCCUGUAUUAGACACUACUGAAGUAAUUUGUGACGUGAUCAAUCUUUCAUCAACUGUAGCUGUUCCAUUUUCGCGAUUUUUACCAGUAAAAUUAUAUCAGCUGAAGCAGCAAUUCGAUAUUAUGGCUCAAUUAAUGGCCGAAAAAGAAAAUCAAAAUAAUAGUGCACAAAGUCAACAAAUAGUUAAUAGUUUAUUCGAAGAUAUAUCUAUAAGAUUUUGCGAAUUUGAAGAAACCACUAAGAUUCGAGGAUACAAAGCAAAAGCAAAUGUUCGUAAUCAAGUCAUCAUUCUUAAAAAACUUAAAGAUUGUCAACAAAUUCUUCAAUUUUAUGGCCUUACCUCUGAUGGUGAUAAAACAUAUUUAGUAACUGAAUGCGAAGAAUUGAGAAAUUUGAAGGAAUAUUAUAUGGCUUAUAAACCUAUAGGUGUUAAAAAGAAAUUAAGAAUUGCUGUUGAUAUUGCUGGUGGAUUGAAUUUUUUAAGAGCAUUUCAUCGAUACAUAAGAACAGAAAACAUUUUGAUCACUCACCAUGAAACUGCAAAAAUUGCCAACUUUUAUCUGAGUAGGCAUUUUCAUGAUGAUACGAAAACCUUGAAGCAGUCCGUUAUGCAGCACCAGAGAUUUUACGUAGAAGAUAUUCAAAGUACACUACAAAAUGCGAAAUAUUUAGAUUUAAUCGAAAUCAAGGAACUUGUAGUGGAUAAAAAGUAUCGGGAAAAAUUUUCUGUUCCUUCUGAUUUACCUGAAGAAUAUAGAAAUAUUGCAACCUAA